AUGAAGAAUGACAUGCAACAUAAAGAAAUCUUGGAAACUAUCACAUCAGUUACUCAACUACAUAAUAUUCAACCCUUGGAGAAUGAAAAGCAAUUGCUACACAAUUUACAACCAUCUUUUUCAAAUGUUGCAUUUGUCAAUGAAAAUCCAUUACUGAAAGAACCGAGUCAAAUCCAAGAAUUGGGAAAUACAGCACCAAUUAAUAAUGAGCCAUUUAAAAUUAUGCAGCAAAUACAAUUGGAAAAUAAUGCACCAUUAGCAGAAAGAAGAGAAGGAAAUAAAAUGCAAGUUAUUGAAAUACUUCGCGAUUUACAACAUACAAUACAAAGAACAAAUGAACGAUUGGAUUCAAUAGAGCAAAAACUCGAAUCCAAUGUUAUUAAUAGAAUUCCCAUGAAACCACAAAUCCUUCCAUUUUCGACAGUACAAACAAUACAAAUGUUUAGAAAGGACAACGCUGUUUACGAUGAAGUCGUACACUACUUCAAGUUUUUAAACUGUAUAACAUUAAAAGACAGCGUGCAUCAAUGCAUGAAGGAAGCCAUUACAACGCAAGUGGCCAGGCAAUUGACGUGGUGGAGAGUUAAUGAUAAUAAAGUGUCAUUCUAUAAUACAGUUUUAUGUCAAGCAAUUUACCAAGCCGUAGCGUCGAAUCGGUACUACCUUAAACCAACCAGGGAAGAAUUUCAAAGAGAAGUCGUCGCAUCUUUAAAAGUGGCAAAACAACGAUUUCGAAAUGCCAGGGGCAGACAUCCAGGUGUACAAGGAAACCGAAGAAACUUGCAGGCUGCUGCAGAUGCAUUAUACAAUGAUGAAAAUAUUGACAAUCACGAGAAUAAUAGAAAUCAACCACAAAAUAACAAUAACGAUGAAGAUAUAGAAAUAAAUAACAGCGACGAGAGCGAUGAGCAUUCAUCAAAUAUUGAUGAUUAA